AUGAUUCGAAUCUAGCAAUUACACACUUAAAUUUCAGAAACUGCUGCUCCUAAAUUACAAUCAAUUGAUUAAGUAUAUUUGAUUAUUAAAAUCUAGAAAACUUAGCAUAAAUUAGAUUGGUUUAAAAAUAAUGGAUGGGGAUAUAAAGAUACCAAAUUUAUUUUAGAACAAGAUGGAGCAGUUCGAUUAACAGGCAACAAAUACAGGUUUUCUAAUUAAAAAAUGAUGAAAUUUAAGGAGUGGGCAGAAGCUAAAGUAGGCAUAGAUUUAAGUUUAAAUUGUGAAGCAUAAAUUGAAAUUCCUUCAGAUCCUCCAAUAAUUAAUGAAUAAUUUAUGAAUGCCAUUUAAGGUUAAUUUAAUGAAGUUUCAUUUGAUAAUGCAUAGAGAAUAUUACAUUCUCAUGGACAUACAAUGCAAGAAGUCUAAAAAUUUAUACAUACUUUAGAUUUAUGAAUUAAGACACGGUAAAUUAGCUAGAAUUGUAGAUUGUGUAAUCUAUAUCACUUAACAUGCAUAAGCAGAAUUACUUGUUAAAUUAGCUACUGAAUAUAAUGUAAUGUUAUGUGUCUAUGGUGGUGGUACUAAUGUUACAUGGGCUCUCUAAUGUCCAAAAGAAGAAAGGAGAAUGAUUGUAUCUGUUGAUAUGUCAAGAAUGAAUCAUAUUAAAUUGGUAGAUAGAAAGAAUAUGACUGCUUUGGUUGAAACUGGAAUUACAGGUAAAGAUUUAGAAAAAGAAUUAUCUCGCUACGGAGUUGUUUGUGGACAUGAACCUGAUUCUGUUGAAUUCUCAACACUUGGUGGAUGGAUUAGUACUAGAGCAUCUGGUAUGAAAAAAAAUAGAUAUGGAAAUAUUGAAGAUAUAGUUCGUUCUGUUAAAGUAGUAACUCCAACUGGAACUUUAUCAUAAAGUUUAGAUUAUCCUAGAGUUAGUAGUGGACCUGAUCUAAAUCAAAUUAUUUUGGGUUCUGAAGGUACUUUAGGAAUUAUAACUGAAGCAGUUAUCAAGAUUAAAGCUUAACCAGAAGUAAUUUUAUUUCUAUUUUACUUAAGGUUUGUAAGUAUGAAUCUAUCUUAUUUCAUAAUUUUGCUUUGGGAACUGAAUUCAUGUAUAGAUUAUCUCGAAGUAAAGUUUGGCCAGCAUCUGUUAGAUUAGUUGACAAUAAUCAAUUCUAAUUUGGUAUGGCUUUAAAAACUAUGCCUCAUAAUAAGAGAGAAGAAUUUAUGGAUAAAAUAAAAAAAUAUUUUAUCACUUAAUUUAUGUAAUUUGAUCCUGAUUAAAUGUGUUUGGUUACAGUUGUUUUUGAAGGAACAAAAUAAGAAAUAGAAUUCUAAGAGAAGAAGGUGUUUGAAUUAGCCAAAUUUUAUAAAGGUUUUAGAGCAGGAUCAGAAAAUGGAGAACGAGGAUAUUUUUUAACAUAUAUGAUUGCAUAUUUAAGAGAUUUUGCUAUGUAAUUUUAAUUUAUAGCAGAAUCUUUUGAGACUGCUGUUGGAUGGAAAAAUGUACCAGCUGUUUGUGAAAAUGUAAAAGGAUAUUUGAUAAUUUUUAUUAGAUUUAAAGAAGGAUUGUGGAAGAAUGUUAAAAAAGAGGUGUUGAAAAAGAACCUUUUGUUUCUUUUAGAAUUUCUUAAGUUUAUGAUUCUGGAGCUACAAUUUAUGUUUAUUUUGGUUUUGGGUAUAAGGGAAUUGCAGAUCCAGUUAAAUGUUAUUCUGAAAUUGAGGAUGCUGCUAGAGAAGAAAUAAUGAAAAAUGGAGGAUCGAUAUCUCAUCAUCAUGGUAUAAAUUAUAAAUAAUUAUUUAAAAUAGGAGUGGGUAAAUUGAGAAAAUAAUUUAUGUAAAAACAAGUUGGGGAAACUGGAGUUGAGAUAUUAAAAAGACUUAAGUAACAAAUUGAUCCAAAAAAUAUAUUUGGAAAUUAGAAUUUAAUUUGAUUAUGAUAUAUGAAUGGGUUAUGAGCAU